UACUUAUAGACAUGUUUCUUAUACACUGUGUGCGUGUUGUUGCCUGGCUGUAAAUGCUUAUUUAUUAGUAGCCUUUAAGGUGUGGCAAAAGGGCAAAUCAGUCAUGGCACCUACUGGUCUGCUUAUGAGGCUUAACAGCCCGGGAUAUAAAAACUGGAUCAAAGCCGGGCUUUGCCUUCAGCAGCUCAAGAGCUCCCUGCAGGAAUUCCUUGCCAGCGAGAUGAUGAGAUUUCACAGGCAGCUGGCUAGCAGGGUGCCAGCAAUACCAGGGCAUAGAUGCCAGUGCAGACCCACCGGCAAGCAGUUUCAUCCUAGUUGUCCAGUGUGCGCAGAGUGGAAAAAACUAAUAUUAGAUCACCAUACAAACAGAAAGGGAGAAAUACACUGGGGGAAUUGCAACCCUUCGCUGUGGCCUACACAUUACUGGGAAGUUGCAAAGGUUUAUAUGCCACGCGGAUAUUCUGAAAAGAAAUCACCACAAGUCUGUGAUGCAACUGCUCUCCUCAACCUGAUCAAUGCUUGUGAUCACUUUAAGGGAUUUAAUAUAACAAAAGUCAGAGAGGUUAUAAAGUGUCGAAAUGACCUAAUGCACUCUUCUGACAUGGAGCUGUCAUCUUCCUGGCUGAAAGAUUUUGGAACGACAAUAAAUAACUUUAUUUCAGAGUUCAGACAUGUUCCAGGUCUUAAAGAGGAAGGUAGUAAGAUAAAACAGGUACUGCAUUCAGACUGGACUACUGAAAGCUUCUGUCGAUAUGAAGUUGAUGGCCCUGUAUUAAUGGGUGACAACGAAGUAUUAGCUGAGGAAUUUUCGUUAACAUUAAUAUACAAUACUGAGAAGCAACUUAUUCAACAAUUGCUUGAAGAGCGGUAUCUACAACUGGAAGAAGAUGAAGCAUUGUCUGAGGAUGAUCUGGAUGGUGUGCAUAAACUGAAGACGGUUAUAACUGACCAUGAAGAUCUGCAAGAAGACAUGGAUAGGCUUGAACUGUUGCUGAGGAAACCUAAUCAACAGGAAGCAAGUUCUUUGCCAUGAAAAAUGGAUGAAUAGAAGUCGCCUCCAGAGAAAAACACUGCUGCAAAUCUGUGCAGUAUAUUUAAAAAUAUGGUUGAAUACUGCCAGCUGGACAUAGUUUCCAAGAAAAAGCCUUUGUCUCUGUAAGACAUACUGUAAUAGCUGGGUAUAACAUAAGAACAAUAUUAUAACGCCAGCAAUGCUAUUUAAAGGGACAGUUUAGUCAAAAUUCAACUUUCAUGAUUCAGAUAGGAUGUGACAAUUUUAAACAACUUUCCAAUUUACUUUGAUCAUCAAAUUUAAUCUCUUGGUAUUCUUUUUUGAAAGCUAAACUUAGGUAGGCUCAAACUGUUUUUUUAAACAGUAUAACCCCCUCUUAUCUCAGUGCAUUUUGACAAUUUUUCAGUUAGACAGUGCUAGUUCAUGUGUGUCAUAUAGAUAAGAUUGUGCUCACUCCUGUGGAAUUAUUUAGGAGUCAGCACUGAUUGGUUAAACUACGUCUGUCAAAAGCUCUGAGAUAAGAGGCUUAGAUACCAGGUAAUAACAGAGGCAAUACGUGUAUUAACAUUACAGUGUUGGUCAUGCAAAACUGGGGAAUGGAUAAUAAAGGGAUUAUCUAUCAUUUUUAAUACAAUAAACAUUUUCAAGUAGACUGUCCCUUUAACUGCUUUAAAUUGACUUGAAUCAGAGACCCACCAAUAGCAACAAAGCUUCACAAAUGUGUUAGCAGCAAAGAAUAACUCUACACAAAUAACAUUCACCAAUGAACUCCGCAAAAUGAGACACAGUAACACUGGCUGUAAGUGUACACUAUAUUUUAUAUAGAUAAAUACUCGUAAAACAUUUAGUUUUAUGUUUAAAUAUAUAUUAGGGAUUUUAACGUAACAUUCUUUAAUAACUCUUAGAUAUAGUCAUUUUAAAGGUCUGCUUUCAUUUUUCCACUUUCUACCUUUGCUCUGUAUAUUCUUAUUUUCACAUUACACCUGCUUGUAUGUCUUACUGAGCUGUGGUUGCAUACUUUGAUACUAUGCUUCUUAAAGGGACAGACUAGUCCAAAAUAAACUUACAUGAUUUAGAUAGGGCAUGCCAUUUUUUUUAAAAAUUCUUUUUAUUGAGAGCCAACACAUGAGUACAAUAAUCAACAAUUCCACACAGUAUCAUGAAGGUCACAUCCACAAAUACAGUAGGUAUAUCAUCUCCUUAGGGUUGAUAUUAUUCAAGACAUAACAGAGAUUCAAUAGAUCAAUACAUGACAAUUAAGAUAAUCCGGAUGCUAAUGACAAUUGACAUUUUUGGUAUCUACAUAUGUUUAGCCCUCUCAUUUUACAUUUUCAUCCCCAACUAGUCCCCGAGCCCACCCCCCAAACCCCAAAAUCCUAACCACCUUAUAUUAUAUUAAAGAGAGCUUGGGCAUACAACAUGUAAACAUUUACAUACAGGCAAGUUGAAAUUGUGUAAGAACACACUUAAUACAUACACAAUGGAUAUUGUAAGGAAAUCAAAUGAUACGCAACAAAUGAGAAUAAUAGACAUGGAUUACAGGGAAAUAACCCUAUGAACUGGUUUGUUUCAUGUCUGUAAACGACUAUGAAGUGGGCUUCCAUAACAUGCAAUAUAUUGGGUUAUAAUAAAAGAAUACAUGAAAAUUCAUUCCAGACAGACAUGGCAAAUAUCAACUGUACAAGUUCACCAAGAUUUUCUCAUUAUCUGCUACCCGCGCUCUCUUAUUUUUAACUUUUUAAACUAAACUAAACCUAAAACAAAACUGUAGGUUAAUAUGAUUAGUGUGUAUACCUGAAUAUGUUGCCCAGUACAAUAAAUUUAAUCAAAUAUG